AUGGGGAAGAAGACAAAGCGUAAAGCGGGGGAUCCACUUGACAAAACUGGACAGCAGCAGAGUGCGAAGAAGCAGAAACGAAACGUUAAAGCCAAAAAAGACAACAAACAAGAGGACCACCUUGAACACAUCCCGUUCAGGCUGCAGGAGAUCAUGAAAAGCAAGGAGAGGAUGAAAAGUGCCUCUUCGAAGGGAAAGAAACAUGCCACCGUCUACCAAAGACAACCAGAAAAGUCAGAGAUCGGCGACAUAGCCGUCCCAAAUUUUAAGCGAGGCAAGAAGGAGACCGUGAAACACUUCUUGCAGCGCAUGGAAAUUGAGUCCAGGCACGUCCUCUUCCUCACUGAAAACCAGGUUGACAGGAAACCUGAGUUGGACGAAGACAAACAAGAGAAGCCCGCUGAUCAGGGAAAGUCAGAAAAAAAAAAAGAACACGACAAACUGAGAUUACAGAAGCGACAGCUGAAAAAGCUUGAGCGACAGGAAGACCGGAUGGAGAAGCAAAUGUUUCAAGAUGAUAUUCCCUUUGGCGAAGUUUCAAUGGAACCACCUUCCCUUACCAGCAAACCCAAGAAGGUGCCCAUAAAACCUCAGGCCUCAAAGGAGCUCCUCCUCAACUCGCUUCUCGGCAACGCCACUUCCACCGCCAAGCCUUCUAUGGCCAGGCAGAGGAUCAUGGAAGAGGAACGGCAGAGGGCUGUGCUGGCCUAUCGGCAACUUAAACAACAGAGACAGCAGCAGCUGGAAGAAGCCAGGACUGUAAAGCGGAAGGGCCACCAGUGA